UAGAGUUGAGGCUGUGGUCAAAAUCGGUCAAACUCAGAUCGGAGGGAAAUGGAGAUGAACGACGCCGACGACGAAGAGUUUGGGUUCUCAAGAAACUACUUUCUGGCGAAGGAGCUCGGUGGCUCCGCCGUGAAAUCCCACUCUAAGCUCUCCGAUAUCAACAUCGUCGACGAGCAGGAACUGAGGGAAGCUGUAGCUAAAAUUGAACCCAAACAUGAGAAAGAGAUCGAGGAUUUGCUUUGCGGUUAUCAGAGUUUGUACCCCAGAUGGGCUUUUGAUCUUAGGUGUGGUCUUGGCCUUCUCAUGUAUGGAUUUGGAUCUAAGAAGACGUUGCUUGAAGAUUUUGCUUCAACAUCAUUGACAGAGUAUUCUGCGUUUGUUCUCAAUGGAUAUCUUCCAGCAAUUAAUGUAAAACAGGUUUUGACAUCCUUGGCUGAAGUUUUAUGGGAUCAAUUGAAAACCAAACGGAGGACUCCAUCUAAGAUCAUGUCAAAAAAUCAACAACCCUUUAGUUCUCGAUCCGUGGAGGAUCUUCUUGCAUUUUUUGAGCGAACCGAGGAUAGGACAAGUGAAUUUCUUGUAUGUGUAAUCAUCCACAACAUUGAUGGACCUGGAUUAAGGGAUUCUGAGAUCCAACAGUAUCUUGCAAGAGUUGCUUCUUGUCCUAAUAUUCGUAUUGUGGCCUCUAUUGACCAUGUGAACGCACCUCUUUUGUGGGACAAGAAGAUGGUUCAUACUCAAUUCAACUGGUGCUGGUGUCAUGUUCCUACCUUUGCGCCAUACAAGAUCGAAGGAACGUUUUUACCCUUGAUCCUAGCUCAUGGCAAUACCACCCAAACUGCCAAAAAUGCUGUUAUAGUUUUACAGAGUUUGACACCAAAUGCCCAGGGGGUGUUCAAAAUUCUUGCAGAAUUUCAACUAUCUCACUCUGAAGAAGAAGGGAUGCCAAUUGAUAAUCUGUUUGCAACCUGUCGAGAACGCUUCCUUGUGGGUAGCCGGCCUAUGCUGAACUCCCAUUUGACAGAAUUUAAAGACCAUGAAUUGGUCAAGACCAGAAGGCAUUCUGAAGGCCAGGAUUGCUUGUACAUUCCUCUUACAAGUGAGGCACUUGAGAAACUACUAGUGGAGAUGACUCAGUAACUACUUGAGAAUUUGAGUUCUAACAGAGGUGUCAAGUAUCAAAAUUUCAUACUUCCUGCUCAAACAUUUUAUUCUACUUCAUUUCUGUGGUGAGGAAAGUUCGCUGCAUUAGCCGUAAGGAUUCCAAGCUCGGCGCAGGCCAGAAGAGUAAAUUACUGAAAACCAAGACAAAGAACUAGAAGGGUAUUCUGAGGAACGGUUUUGAUCAACGAUGGGGCCAAGUAUGAAAACCAAAACUUUGUCAUGUCCACUUUGUGUUAGCAUCUGUGUGCUGUACACGGUACAGUAGAAAUGAUCAGUUUGUGAGGUGUGGGAUGCCUGAAGACAAAUCUGUGACCUUAUCAGCUGAAACCAAAGUAUAUCCUGGCUUUAUCUGCCUACUAGCCUUGACGAACUCUUUCCCAAGAUAAGGGUUACUUAAAUUAACUCAUCAUGUUUUUAGGAUAAAUAUUAGGCCCUAAUACUCUGACAUCCAACAUGCUCCAUCCUCUAUUCCUCUUUGAAUUUGUAAUGUAAUUUUUCAAUUUCCUCCAGUCUACUUUCGCAGGGUUCUUAAUUUCACCAAUAUGC